UUGACGUUUACCCAUGGUCACACGUGCGAUUCUGCCAGCUCUUGUAUGAAUUAAAAAACCAAAAGUAAAAGGAGUAAAUAAAGUUAGCUGAAAUUGUCAAAAUAUGAAUCAACAAUUUCAAAAUAUAAGAAAUAAUGGAGAUAAAGCGCAAUUGCAGGAAUUUGUCCAAAAUUCGAAUGCGGAAGAGCUCACGAAGAUAGUACGCCAUAGCAUUUGUAAGACGGAUUCACUCGAAAUAUUCGACGAUAUUUUGCAAUCGUUUUCCGAUACUGAAGCUUGUCAAUUGAAACGACAUAAAUUAGUUAAAUCCACGUUGAAACUAUUGGGGAAAGCUAAGGUACCCGCAAGAGACGUGGAUGCCGUCAUCAAUAGAAUCAUUUUUGACAUUCCCAAAUAUUCUAAACAAUACCUCGUUAAACUCGUGGAUUUUUGUGUUGUCAGUAUUUGCGACAAUGAUGAUAAACUGCAAAGCUGGAAAGAUUUAUUGCCUGUGUUGCUUGAAGCAUUGGAGAAUGAAAAGUACAUUACUCACGAAGAUGCAGAAGUUUCUGGAGCUGAAUAUAAAUCAUUAACCAUUAAAAGAAUAUGUGAUUAUCGUUGGAACACCGAUCUUCUGCCAUCCUUGGCAAAAAUGUUUGGGGAUAUGGCUUUAGAUAAGAAUGAUCACAAGGAAGUCCUCAGAACAUUAUGUCGUGCUCUGUCUGAUCUGUCUUUGGACCAAGUGCCUCCUUUUGUAUAUCAAGCUCUAAAAUUGUGUAAAGUUCAGGACAAGCAACAUCUUUUAGAUACUCUGUGUAAAUACUUUGACAAUUGUUAUUCAAAAGCAAUUGCUUUGGAAGACAAGGAUAGUAUUGAAGACAUUGGUUUAGUAAGUACAAAAGAGGUACGAGAUGUUGAGAGUACCGUGUUAUACCACGUGUAUCAAGCAGCGCUAUUGAAUCACGAGAAUAUGAAAGAUUUUCUUCGAUAUUUUAAAAGUAUAUCUCAUGCACCAGAAUAUACUCUAAAACCAUUCGUAUUUUCUGUAUUGCUCUCUGUUUCUAGCAUACACGAGGAUCAGAUCUUCGAAAUACUGAGAUUGGCAAUCAUUAACAGCAGCUUGAACAAAGAAAGAAGAAAAAGUAAUGCAUGGUUGAGACAACUUUUACCCUCUUCUUGUAAUAUCAUCGAAAUUAUUCGACAACUCGUCGAUAGCAGCAAUAAAGAUCGUCACUUAGUACUGAAAGGACUCACAGACCUAGCGUUUAUGUUAAUGAGCUCAGAUCAAAAGGUGAAAAAUAAUGCAACAGUCGUGUGGUCUGUUGGAUCAGAAAUAGUUCGAGAAGUGAUGAAAAAACGCCAUGAAACGGUUGUCAUUGUAUUACAAGAAUUGGUUCAUAAAAUAGUGGGAGGCGGCAUAUCAACGACUCACUACACAGAUUGUUUAAAAUAUGUCUGUCGUGAAUUAUCAGUAAUCGUUUUGGAUCAUCAAAUCUGGAUCACGACUCUUCUCGAACAGUUACUACUUUUACCUACUGUAGUGGCUACUCAAAUUUUAUACGCUAUUUUUCCAUUGAUGCACGUCUCGCCCAACAUACGAGUUAGUCUUCUUCUAAUUCUAAGAAAAGCUCUUUAUAGAAAAGGUAUAUCGAAACGACAAAUGGCGGUUACUGGAUUUCUCGAGAUGUUAAAGUACUCAAAAAUGCAUUCUUUGAGUAGCUUUAGACUCAGUCAACGUUGCAAUCCCAACUCGUACGCUAUUAGUUCUAGUUCCAGAUCAACGUUAACUCAGGCAACGUUAGAAUACAACACACAAAAGUCAAAUACGGACUGCGAUAAAACUUUAUGUUACGAGAUACUAGAUAUAUUAAAGAAGAGCUUUACCUACGAAUUCGAAGUCAGACUACAUCUAUACGAAGGUACAGGACAGAGAUUCUCUAUUCAAAAAUUCCUACCUAUCACGAAUGAUAUAUUUUCAGGCUUCUACGCUUCCGUAACGAAAAACCCUGAAAUAACUGAGAUCGUCCUAGACAUGCUCCUUUCGCAUUUAAAUCUCUACUUCGAUACGGAUGAUAAUACCUUACCACCUAUAAAAUUCGAGAUGUGUACAAGCGUUCAUGGGGUGGAGAUAGUCUUACAAGAACCUAUCGGGGAAUUGAUAUUUGUAGUACAAAAGAUAUACGUUGAUAUAUUCCUGAAGAAAUCGAAGACCUUCGAUAAGCUGCACACAGUUUUAGAGUCACUAUGCACGAGAAUGGCAGCUACCGAAUUGGAGCAUUUGAAUCUGGAACAUGGGCUAGAUUUUUCCGAUGAUUUGAUGAAAUCGCAAACAAAGUUAAAAAGUCUUGGCAUCGCAGUUACAAUUUACGAGGCCCUAAUGGCGUUUCGUAUAGGAGAAUGUGUCAAAGGAAAUCAAGGAAGUUAUGGCAAGAUCAACGAUUUGUUCAAUGGAUACAUGCGAUUGGGGGAUUUUGUUAAAAUGCAAUCCACAAAAACGAAGAAAUUCGAUGGCAAUAAAUCGAAGAAGGAUAAAGAUGCAAGUAAUACAACGAAAAAGCACGGGAAAUCGAAUAAUAUAAAAAUGCCAAGCACCAUUAUGGAUUUGGAUACAAUUCAUCAAGCCUUAAUACUGUUAUAUUCACGGCCUUCCUCAACUCAGAACGAUGUCAAUCUUCGAGAAAACAGCAACUUUUGUCGCUACAUAUUUCAAACAUGCGAACAGAUUUUACAACGAACAAAAUCGUUAAUGGCGGAUACAUCUCAAACGCAACCUAAUCAGUACAUAGAUACGUACAUAGAAAUCGGAGGGUUAUUUCAUGAGUAUUUUUUGUUAGUUCUGACUGAUGCAUUAGCAGAUGAUGAACAGUUAGCGAUAUUAGCCUUGCAGUGUUUUAAAGAGAUUUGUUCUUGUAUAUGUACUACAUCGUCCUCCUCAGAGUUUUCACGAUUUCUCGAUAGGAUUUUACGGUCGAAGAAAGAUUCAGUACCAAGAGAUGUCAAUUCUCAACUGCAAGAAGUUGUUUCCUCGUUGGACAAUUACUUAAUAGCAUUGAUCGACGAAGAAAUAGAUAGCGAUACGAAAAACAAAGUACUAUUGCUAUUGUUACAAAUUCUGGAACAAUUCAUAUCUAAAAUUGAUUUUGAAAAAUGCAAUCUCGAAAAGGUGCACAAAUGCUUCAGCAAAAUGGUUCGAACAGAAAACCUUGCGAGUUCUAUCAUUCCUGCUAUUAUUCAGUUUCUGUUACGACUAGAAGAAUAUACUCAAGAGUACGGGGAGACGUUAAACGAGAUUUGUCUGAAAUUGUGUGAAAAAGUUGGAACUAUCGACGGCAGCGAAAUAUCAAUGAACGGAGAAUAUCAAAUUAUACGCGAGGAUACUUUCAAGCAAAUCUACAACGUAUUGAACGAUUACAUAAAAGAAAAAUUGAAUAACGUUUCUUGGCUGUUGCUGCGAUUGAAAGCAGAGGAUAUCAUAUCCCGAGCACCUGGAACAAUCGACGAAGUCUGGAAUAACAAUUUAAGAGAAAAAGAGCGAAAUCUGUGCAAGCAGUUAUCCCAUCUUAUACACGUAGUCCAUAUAUUAAGUAAUACGGCGAUAGACCUUGGCCCGUGUACCGAUGUCACGUUCAAAAAUUUACAAUGUUUGUAUCAUCUACUCGGGAAUCUUACAAAAUAUUUCUAUGCAAAAUCCAGCAAUCAAAACGCAGCAUUUCAAACGGCCAAGUUCAUUCAAGUGGUACAAUUAGCUGGCAAACCUUUAAAAUCUGCCUUUUAUAAUCUAGUAACCUAUGUCGAGGAAAACCAAAAUAAAUUAAAUUCGAAAUCCGAUUCGCACGCGCGGAGGAACAAAAUUUUAAAGGAGACCAAAGUAAUACCGCGAGUGGUAUACGAGAUCGAACAAUUCAACAAGGAAGUAUUGCUACUAGGCAAAAGGACGGGCAUACCAUUGGAGAACUACAUGAAGCAUAGCGUGACAAGAGACUUUAGAAUUAAGAAUUCGCAACUGGUAGAAAGUCUUGAGAAAAUGGAUACGAGCAUGCUUAAUUUAUUGAACUCUGAAGAUGCAGAAAAUGAAACUCAUAGCUCGAAUUGUGAAGAAUUGAACAGCAGUACUGAUCAGGCGUCGCCUUCGAGAAAACGAUCCAGGAUGGAAGAUUGAAUUGUCUUGGUCAUAUAAUU